GACAAGGUGAAUUCAAGCGUAAGUUAUGUAAUGAAUAAAUACACUGAAGACUCGCAGUACGUCAUUCGUAAACAACUUUGUUAUUAUUUGUCGAAGCUGAACAGUCCAGCAUGGCAUCAACAGAGACAUCCCUCAGUGCAGGAACUUCUAAAUCAAACAAAAUGGACAGACUCAGAAAUUUACAACUCAGAAUGAAUGAAGCCAGAAAAAUGAAUCACCAAGAAGUGGUUGAAGAAGACAGAAGAAAGAAGUUACCAGAGAAUUGGGAACAGAAAAGAAAGAGAGUUGAAUGGGAUGAAAGCCAGGAAAAAAAACGUAAAGAAUGUGAAGAAAAAGGAGAAGAUUUUGACAGAGUAAAAUUGUUAGAUCUUGGUGCUGAUGAAGCAGAAAAAUGGGAAAGAAAGAAGAAAAAGAAUAAUCCUGAUCCUGGAUUUUCUGAUUAUGCAACAGCAACCUAUAGACAAUAUCAAAGGAACACAAAAUCUCUCAAACCAGAUUUAGAGAAUUACCAAAGACUGAAGGAAAAAUUAGGUGAUGAAGUGUAUGCCACAACAAGUACACUGAGUACAGUUCAACAUAAAGACAACCCAGACGCUGUAGAUAAAAUGGUUACAGACUUGGAAAAACAAAUUGCCAAAAGAGAAAAGUUCAGUAGGAGAAGAACAACAGAUGAAGAAGCAGAUAUAGACUUUAUCAAUGAGAGAAAUGCUAAAUUCAACAAGAAGUUGGAGAGAUUCUAUGGUACCUACACAGCUGAAAUUAAACAGAAUCUGGAGAGAGGAACUGCAGUAUAGAUCCUAAAUGAACUGUAUAUAUUGUAAUAUUGGUUUUUAUGGUGUUGAACAGAACUGUAUGCUUAUUGAAAACAGAGGUUAAUUUAUAUAUUGUAACCUGGUCAGAGUUGUUAUUUUGGAUGAACAAUGCAUUUAAAAUUGUUCCCUGUAUGAAUUAUCGAAGUAAUUAUUACAAAUGAUCAUUAAAUUGAAAACCUAAUAAAAAAUAUUCUGAAUCAAGGAGAAGCUGAUUCACUGAGGUUAAAAAAUGUGAAAGAUAUUGAUAAAGAUAUAUUCAAAUUGCCUUACAAAUCAUUUUGAAACCUCUGUUUUUUUUUGGGUCAAAUAUUUGAUAGACAGAAUGAUAUUCACAUGGCAUAGAGUUUUACAAAGGGAAAAAACAACUGAUAUUGAUGUUCAUAUAGGAUUGAAAACAUUUUUUUGUAAUUGAAUGGAGAUUUUUUAUGAUAUUAUACUAUGUACUUGUUCAUGAAAAAUGAAGCAUGUAUUAGAUUUUGUAUUGUUCACUUCUCUUCCUGUAAGAUCAUGCAUAUAAUGAAACAUUUUGACACCUACAACUUCAUAAUCUUAAUUUGUUUAAUUAUUUAAAUUAUUUUGUACACAAAUCAUUUAUAAAUUGAAGAAGAACCUCUUUUGAGACAGCAUGAUUUUAGAUUAAAAAGAAUACUGUUAGUUUAAUUUCAAUUGUUGGAUGAUACAGUAAUGAAUUAUCUCCCCUUUCAUGAACAGUUUAUUACAACAUAGACAAUAUAAAUAAUUUAACAUGCACAUAAUAAAUGAUAGAUUGUAUAUUAAAUAUAUUGUUUUGUGUAUAUUUCUAUAUUUCAUUAUUAAACAUUACUUUGCCAAAGAAUGUGUACCUGCAAGUGACAAUAUCAAUUUGGAUAUCCAACAUUAUGAAAGAAGAUAGAAGUUUUAUCACCAAAAAAUUGCACAAAGCUAACAUAUAAAAAACUAAAAUUUGGAUUUAAAAUUAUUAUGAUUGGAAUAUGCAAUUUUUUUUCAAAAAGAUAAGUGCACAGGUGUUUUUUUAAAUGAAAUAUCAUAUUAUUUUAUACAGCUGUGUUUCAGUGUUUAUUAACUGAAUAUUGUUUUAAUUAUCUUUUUAUCAUCUAGUUCUUCUCUUUGUAUGUAAAUAUGUAACUCAUUUGGCUCCUGAAUAAGGACAUUCUAAUUUCGAUUAAUAAAUAUGACUUUUUA